ACUUAACUUUCUAAAUUGUUUUAUGAUUCACAGUCCACAUUCAUGAUGAAUAUCAAGCAUGACAGAUAUAUUCCUGUCUGAUUGUUAGCGUGCUCAUAUGUGAACAUAACCAACGUCUGAACUUCUGAGUUCAGUGCGCGCACAUAAAUAGCGCUGGUACUUUUCUCUCUAUUUAAACUACUUCUCCGUCCAUUUGUCCCCAAGUCUGAGUUGCAAAUCCUUCACGAAUAAAACUAAAAAUUCAUUUAGUCUGACCCCAAAUCAGAGGGUUUGUGCACCAUGGGCUUUAUUACAUACUGAGCUUAAACUGUGUUGUGGAGGAGGAUGGGUAUUAUUAUCCUGAGCUUCCCACCCAGCUAUAAAAACUACAUCUCUCUACGGUUGCUCUAGAGUAGAUCCACCUCCUCUCUCUCUCUCUCUCUCUCUCUCUCUCUCUCUCUCUCUCUCUCUCCCCGUUGCUGUCAGCUUCCACACAAACCUCUCAGUCUCUCCUCGUGUGUCGCUGUUUUGGGCUUGUAGUCGGAUGCUCGGCUGUGUGUUUUUGUGAAUGGAGAGGACAGGCUAGGGCAGACAGCAUGGACAGGCGUCUCUAUCUCCCUCAAAGACAGAGAUGAGACCGGCUCGAAUUUGAGACGACACUUGGAAUAAAUCUCACAUACACUCGCGCGCACCUGAGGAUCUGGACGGACUCCUCAGAGAGGAUGGCACACACAGAUGAGGACCUGAUUGGAAUCCCCUUCCCAAACCACAGCAAUGACGUCCUGUGCAGUCUUAAUGAGCAGCGACGAGACGGGUUGCUCUGUGAUGUCGUCCUAGUCGUCAGAGACCAGGAGUACCGUACCCAUCGCUCCGUUCUGGCCGCCUGCAGCCAGUACUUCAAAAAACUUUUUACCGUGGCAAGCGGUAGCGGCAGGGACUCCAACCAACAUGCCAUCUACGAACUUGACUUUGUGGCUCCGGAAUCACUGACAGCCAUUUUAGAAUUCGCCUACACGUCGACGCUGACGGUGACGGCUUCAAAUGUCAAGGAGAUCCUGAGCACCGCGAGGCUGCUGGAAAUUCCCUGCAUCAUAAACGUUUGCCUAGAAAUCAUGGACACGGGCGGAGGGGGAGGAGGAGACGAUGUGGCCGCAGAGGGAGAGAUGGAAGGAGAGGAGUUUGAGGGGGAUGAUGAGGAAGACGAGGACGAAGAGGAAGAAAUGGAGGAGGCAGAAAAUGACUCAAAAGAUGGCGACGACAACAGCGAGAUAUCUGCACAGGCGAGCGUGUCCAAAAACCAGAAUGGUUGGGAUGAGUGCGCAGCAGCCAGCCCGCCCUGCAGUUCUCAACAGGGACCUGACCAGAACAUCCAUGAACCCCAAACGAACACCCCGGAAGCCCAGAACGCUGAAAAAUCUAGAGGGUCAGAGGGAUUAGAGGGCCGGACACUGAAGGACUUCUCGAUAGAGUCCCUGCUCCAGGAGGGUCUCUACCCAAAAGUGCCAGGCCUUGAGAGAGGAUCUGGCUUCUCACCUCUUCUUCCCGGCUUCUAUCCUCCCAUGUGGGCAGCUGAAUUUCCAGGAUACUCUCAGCUUGUGGAGCCACGACAUCGCCCCCAUCCCUUCCCCAGUGGCUCGCUGGAAAAUGGCCCUUUGGACCUCGCCGUCAAGAAAGAAGUUAUCAAGGAAGAGCUGAAAGAUGAGCCUCUAAAUCCUGCCAUUCACAGAGAUUUCUUUAAAGACUUCAUGAGUCCAGGACUAGGCGUGACCUCUGACCCUGCCCUUGGUCAAAUCAAAGAUGGGGCAGACCUCAGGUCCUAUCUGAGUUUUCUUUCUGCCUCCCAUCUGGGAACGCUGUUUCCUCCCUGGCAGCUGGAGGAGGAGAGGAAGAUGAAGCCCAAAGCAUCACAGCAGUGCCCAAUCUGUAACAAGGUCAUUCAAGGAGCGGGGAAGCUACCACGACACAUGAGAACGCACACAGGAGAGAAACCCUACAUGUGUACCAUCUGCGAGGUUCGCUUUACCAGGCAAGACAAGCUGAAGAUUCACAUGCGUAAGCACACCGGCGAGAGGCCCUACAUCUGCCUGCAUUGCAACUCUAAGUUUGUUCACAACUACGACCUGAAGAACCACUUGCGCAUUCACACAGGCGUACGGCCGUACCAGUGCGAGCACUGCUACAAGAGCUUUACGCGCUCCGACCACCUGCACAGACACAUCAAACGGCAAAGCUGCCGCGUCUCGCGCCCGCGACGUGGUCGAAAGCCCUCCGCGUGGCGGUCCACCAACUUCCUCUUUCCUCCAGACCCCAGCGCCCCUCAAGGGGACAGGACCAUGCGGGUUCCCGUCACCAGUACCCCCUUGCUUGCUCAGCUGACUGAAAGACAGCACCCUCCAGGUGGACAGGGGCUGGAGGACGUAGAUGGCAGCAGUAACAGCCGGGAGAGUUUGAUGGACAGGAAGUUCAUCUCAGAGGAUGUGGACAGGAAACGGGGGAUUUUCACUUUCGCCGUGGCAACAGAGGAUGUUCUGCCUCACCCACCCUUCUAUAGUGCCACCUCCGACCCCUGGGCCGUGAGACUGGAGCGAGCCCCACCCAUUCCUGAGGCUGCAAAGUGAUUUUCAGAGUUUUCUGUUAGUUCUGAUUGGCUCUCGGGUUAUGGGACAGCCAGAAGUUCAUCUGCCUCACCUGAAACAGCUGCUCGCGUUGGACAUAACAAGGAAAACUCAUCACAAACUUUCCCAGACAGCAUACACUGACUGUGUAAUAUUAUUCAGAAAAAGGAGACUUAUUUUUUGUUUAAUAAGACAGCUUCCAAUGGGAUAACAGGGAUUUUGAACACUUUUUUAAUAUUUGUUAAUAUUUUGGAUGUGUGUUUGUUAAAACAGUGUUUAAUAAUUCAACGUUUGCUAACAACAACAAAAACUUAAAGUACGAUGCGCUCAAAAACUGUUCAGUGCAAUCGUAUGUGAAACUUUCAUGCGAACAUUUGACAAUCAGGUAUUAAAGUGAAAAAAAGUCCUGCUAAAAUAAGCUCUAAUGUUUGCAUUUCUUACUGAAAAUUACAAUAUUACAAUUACCUACACAUAAACCUACACAUUGUACAUCACUAUGCAAAAUAAAUAAUAUCAAGUGAGUGAUUAUGAAUGAAAAUAACAAUUUGUUAAUCUAACAAAAAUCUCAGGAUCCAAAAAGUUUUGAAAUUAAAUGAUCUUGAUUUUUCUAUACCUUAAUAUAACACAUUACACGCAAAAUGUCAUAUAAACCUGCAAC